GAUAAUUGUUCACGUUUCUUCCUCGAAGUCCAAUUUACGAAACCAGACUGAGUUAACCAAGGUCAGGUCCACAUGAGAACACUGUAAAGAAUGUAAACCUUUGCUCAGCAAAAGGUAAAAGAGCACAAACAGAUCUGUUAGCACCAUGGCAAGUACCAGUCGUUAUUUAUCAACAUUCCCUCAAAUUUUAAGAUGUGCAACAGGAAGAAGAUUUCCGUUUCUCAGAGUAUUCACCUCAUCUGCUCAUAGAUGGUCAUCUACAUCCUUAGAACCAAAAAUUAUACCAGAAAAUGAAGACAAAAAGAAAAAUACACCAGAUGUCAAUAUUUCAGGCAAAACUAUUAUCAAAAAAAUAUUCAAUACAGAUAUACAUCUGGAUCCAAAAGAUAAUGAACAGAACGAAGAAUCCCAAAAUAUAGAAGCUGAUCCUAUGGAUAUGGUAAAUGAAAACCAAUCAAAAGGAAGUAAAAUACAUGACAUAAAAAGUAAGGUCAACAAAAAACAAGGUCAACCAAAUGGAGACAGUAGGUUAAAAAAUGAAAAAUCACCUGUUGAAAAAGUUUUGAAACAGAUUAAAAAUGAAUCCGAAAUUGAAAAGAUUAUACAGCUUUCUGUAGAAGGGUUAGAAACGCAUUCAAAACACCCUAAAGAUGUUCAUCGUAUUUUGACAAAUGGUUUACAAAGAAUUAGCAUACUUAGCAUUGAUAAUGAAUCGUCAGUUUUAAAUGAUGAAAACUUUAAACAGCUGAUAGAAUACGUAGAAACAAAUUACAAGAAGUUAUCAUUGAAAGAAUUAUUGGAUUGUUCCUGUUCACUUAUAUCUCUAUUCCCAGAAGAUGUAACUGUAGUAGAGCUGGUUGAAAAUGAGUUGAUGUGGAAAAUCAGAGAAGCUGACUUGGAUUUAGUUAUUGAGUUACAUAAAUGUCAUGAGUCCCCCAAAACUCAGUUAAGAAAAACAGUCCGUGUUCAUUGUGAAGGCAUAAUCAAAAGACGUAUGACUGAAACCAAACCAGGUCAUCUGAUGUAUCUAAUGAAACAUUAUAGCACAAGGAAAGAUACCAAGUUUUUCUAUAAGCUAGAAGAUCGGGUCUUUGAUUUGAUAGACCACAUGUCAGUAAAUAAUUACUGUAAUAUUAUUAUUUAUUCCGCAGUCCGAGGUUCUAGAAAUGAAUCAUUGUUACGUUUGGUUUUGUUUUAUUUAAACAAAACAUACAAAAAAAGACAUAUACAGCAAAUUUGUAGUCUUUUAUUUUCAUGUGGAAAGCUAGCCAUAUAUGACAUUGACUUGUUUAAUAAAUUAUCAGCAGACAUAAUGAAAUCUGAUUUAAGUAGCAGCAAGUUCACACUUAACAUUCUAAAAUCUGCAAGUAUAUUAGGAUGGCGCCAUGAAGAGACAUUGUCAUGUCUGUUAGAACAGCUGGUUAAUGAAAAUCAGGAACUUGAUCUAGCUGAUGUAGAAAAUCUUCUCUUCUCAGCUUCAACUUUAAAUUAUUGUCCAGAAGACAAGGCUGAGCUUUUACAAUCCCACUGCCUUAAGUUAAUAGAUACAUGUACAAAAGAAACAUCUCCAUUACCUUGGUUGAAUAUAGUUUGGUCACUAGCAGUUUUAAGGAAAGCAACACCAGAGUUAAUAGCAACUGUAUUGGAACCUGAAUUCAUAAAGCAUCUUGAGCAAGGAGGUACAAACAAAUGGCAGUAUCAACCAAAAAUAUUAGGCAUUAACAGUGCUGCACACUUUGAUGUUCCAGAUUAUAGUGGGGCUUAUUUACCUCAGGAAUUUUUAUCAGAAUGUGAACAAGGAAAGAACAGUGCAGUAAAGAAAACAAUGUGUGAUGACGUUUCAUCUGCAUUGGAAACAUUUGCUGCUGAAGACCAGUUCUGGAAAAGAAACACGAUGACAGAAAAUGGCAACAAAAUUGAUGUGGAGCUGUAUGUAGACAACUCUGGACUCCCUAUAGAAUAUGUAAAUGUACAGGAAACAUCACCAGAUUAUCAUAGAGUUGCUGUCAAAGUUUUAGGAUUCCAUGAUCUCACUAUUCCUGAAAAACUUCUUAAAGGUCCAGUAGAUAUGGAAAUCAGACAUCUUGGUUAUCAAGGUUACAAAGUUCUCACAAUUACACACAGUGAAUGGAUACAUAUCAAGACUACAGAAAAGGCAGAAUACCUCAAACACAAACUUAAGGAGUUGGUCUUAUGACAAACAUUAUGUUUUUAGAUUUUAAAUAGAUUUUUAUGGACAUCUACAAAAGUGACUGCGGUAUAUUUACCUUUGUCUAUCUGUAUGAUUGUCCAAACUUGUUUGCAGGUUCAUUAUUCUGUACCGUGUCUAUGGUGAUAUGUCUUACUGCUCAGCAACAUUAGGGUCACUAUGACUUUAUGUUAAGUGAUUUAAUCAGUUUGAUAAUUUUGUUUUAAAAUCAUUGCUCUGGACCAGAUGUUAAGAUACCAGUCAUAUUUCCUCACUUGAGUCCUCUUGUGUAAUAGAAUGAUCUGCAAUAUCUUAUUUCACUUUAGCCAUUCAUCUUGAGUUUGAUCAACUUCAGCACCCCUCAGGACCUUUGGCUAUUUAUAUUUCAGUUAUGUUUCACCAUUACAGUCCUGGUGUGUAAUACAUUUACUUUUCAUGAACAUACAAGUUACUUUGACCUAUAUUUACAACUCAGACAAGUGAAUGUAUAAGAUUUUGAUUAAAAAACUGCCACUCAAAAACCUAUAGUUACAUAAAUUUUCAUCACAAAUAUCAUAUUUGGGUCAAAAAUUGCAUGAAAAGCAGUCAAAAGUUUGGCUUUAACGCUAUAUAUCCAUAUAUUCAAAACCUCAUCUCUAGGUUUAAGAAUUCCAACAACAUAGUGCUGUGAGGUGGAAAUUCUUAAGGUUAUAUUCAUGCCUAUUCUAACAAUAGAUUGAUAAUAUAUACUCAUAUACUCAAUUUACAAAAUGAUGUGUAUGUGUAUACUAUUUUUUAAAAGAAUUAUAUUAGUUGUGCAUGUGUACAAAUGUUUUUUUUUUUUAAAGUUCCAAGUACAACAAUGGAGGAUAACUCCGUUUCAAAAUAUUGCUAAAAUGUGUUGCAUUGCAAUUCAAUGUUAAUUUAAAUUCUCAUUGAUAAAUAAAAAAAUUCUUUAUACUUCAGUACUCACAUACACUUAAACUUAUAUAUGCUGUUCAGGAAGGUCACUUUAAAAUUUUUACAGUAUGUAUAAAUUUUUGUAGAAAGAUUUCCUGUUAGUAGUACUAGUUAAGCAUCCAUUCUCUAGUUUUCAAUUUGAUUUAAAAAAAAUUUGCAUUGAUUAUUAUUGAUUAAACUAAUUUAACUUACA